AUGCCGUUCUGGGACAAGAACGAAAAAGUCGGCGACUCUGUCUCGCAGUCGCCAUCAGACCCUUUCCACCGAGACUCAACUGAGCAUGGAGAAGUUCACUCGCAAUCAGACCAUCUCCAACGCCGUCUAGGCAACAGACAGAUUCAAUUGAUCGCAAUUGGUGGUUCAAUCGGAACAGCGCUGUUCGUGUCCAUUGGUGGUGGUCUCGCCCGCGGUGGACCUGGCAGUCUGUUCGUCGCCUACUUCAUCUACUCUUGUUUUCUCGGCCUGGUCAACAACUGUAUCGCGGAAAUGACGGUUCUUUACCCAGUCGAAGGUGGCUUCAUUCGCCUCGCCGGCCACUUGGUCGACGAAGCGUUUGGCUUCAUGGCUGGGUGGAACUUCUUCCUCUAUGAAGCGUUAUUGAUUCCUUUCGAAAUUACCGCUCUCACUACUGUCCUUGGAUAUUGGAGUGACAACAUCCCGCCAUGGAGCAUCCCAAUUGCUUGCAUUGUCCUCUACGGUCUUCUCAAUGUCCUCGCUGUCAAGGCUUAUGGCGAAGCUGAAUUCUGGCUCUCCGGCGGAAAGGUCAUUCUGAUUUUCUUGCUGUUCGCCUUUACCUUUGUUACUAUGGUUGGUGGAAACCCUCAACACGACGCCUAUGGAUUCCGUAACUGGAACGAUGGAGCAUUUGCAAUGUACAGAACCAUGGGUACACUCGGUCGCUUCGAAGGUUUCUGCGCCGCCCUCUGGUCAGCCUCUUUCUGUGUCGUCGGCCCAGAGUAUAUCUCCAUGGUGUCUGCUGAGGCCAAGCGUCCCCGUACCUACAUCAAGACUGCGUUCAAGACUGUUUACUGGCGUUUCGGAAUUUUCUUCAUCGCUGGUGCUCUUUUCGCUGGUAUCGUCGUUUCUCACACCGACCCUGAGCUCGUCGCUAUUGUUUCUGGUACUGGAGAGGGUGGCGGUACCGCUGCCGCUUCGCCCUAUGUCAUUGCCAUGAAGAACAUGGGAAUUGUCGGUCUUCCUCACUUCGUUAACGCCCUGCUGGUCACCUCAAUUUUCAGUGCUGGUAACACUUACACCUACUGCGCUACCCGCAGUCUUCACGGUAUGGCUGUCGAGGGCCGCGCUCCUGCUAUUUUCCGCAAGUGCACGAAGGGCGGUGUCCCGAUCUUCUGUUUCAUCUUCGUCAUGUGUUUCCCAUGCUUGGCAUUCCUCCAAGUCAGCAGCGGUUCCAACAAAGUUCUCACCUGGUUGGUCAACUUGAUUACCGCUGGUGGUAUUAUCAAUUACAUCGUCAUGACCACUACCUACAUCUUCUUCUGGCGUGCUCUCAAGGCUCAGGGCGUCGACAGAAAGCUCUUGCCUUACUGUGGUUGGUUCCAACCUUGGUCCGCAUACAUUGGACUUGCCUGGAUGAUUAUGAUUGUCACCUGCUACGGCUAUACCAGCUUCGCACCGUGGUCGGUCCAAAACUUCUUUAUCUAUUACACCAUGAUUCUGUUAGCGAUUGUCACAUUUACCUUCUGGAAGGUCUUUAAGAAGACCACCCUCAGGCGUCCUCACACCACCGAUCUCGUCUGGGAGCGUCCCGCCAUCGAUGCCUACGAGGCCUCCUUCCUCGACCCUCCCAACAGCUUCUGGAACGAAAUGCUGGGUCCCCUCAGAAAGAACAAGGGCAGCGAUCGUCAAGGCAGCGAUUCUGGCAACUACUCCGGUAUGGAGUAG